AUGUCAUUAGUAUUAGAAGAUCUUCCAAAUGAAUUAUUUCUUUCUAUCUUCAAGCAUUUAUCUGUUAUUGAUCUUCUUCAUUCUUUUUAUUUUCUUAAUCAUCGAUUUUCAUCCCUUAUUCGAACAAUUCAACAUCUUUACGUUGAUUUCUCUUCUCAACCAUUGAGUCAAACUCAAUUUAUUCAUAUUACAAAUCAACUUCGUUCAUUAAAUAUUGAAUCAGUACAAAUAUCUGUUCGGUAUUAUACUGAUGCAAUAUCAUUUUUUAUUUCAUCUAUUUCACCUUCCAAACUCCAUCAUCUUCGAUCACUUAAACUUAUUGAUGCUGACCGUACUACAAUUGAAAAAUUUGUAUAUAAAUAUCCAAAAUUAACAUCACUUUCAAUCGAAUCAUCCGUAUGGCGAUCCAUACCUUCUCAUAGUUUUCUGUCUUGUUUUCCAAAUUUAACUUAUUGUCAUUUACCAACACUUGAUUUCCUUCAUGAUUGUCAUAUAAAAAUAACGAAACUGAAAUUAGAUCAUUGUACAACAGAAAAUCUUAUUCAAUUAAAUACUUUUGUUCCUAAUUUAAAAUCACUUACAUUAACAUUAAAUAAUACUACAAAGAUUCCAUCGAUACUUCAUUUUCCUGUUCAUUUAAUUUCACUUAGUCUCAUAUUACAUUCUGUAUUAUUUACUGAAUUCGAACGAUUAAUUAUCAUGAUAGAACAUCUGGAACAUUUAACUGUAUCAUUUCGAAAUACUGAACAUGAAGUUUAUUGUUUUGAUCAAUAUUUAUUUGGUAAAAAUUGGUAUUCAAUUAAGAAUUAUGUUGAUAAUCUUGAAUUUAAUAUAAUUGUAAAUCAAACAUCAGAAGCAUAUUUAAUUUCGGAGAUGAUUUCAAAUUUUGAUUGGUUUAGAAAAAAGAUUAUCUGUCAAACAAUUGAUCAUACAAAUGGUUAUCAUCUUUUUACAUUACCAUUUAUUGACAAAACUUAUACAAUAAAUUUACUUACUUAUCAAUCAGAUACAAUAUUUAGUAGUAAUGACUUUAAUCGUGUACAUCAUCUUCAUUUGACAAUUUCAAAUAAAGAUCUUCAAAAUUCAUUAACUAUAUCAUCAUAUGGUGUUUUUAGAAAUUUACAAAUACUUACUGUGAUUAUUUCUACUGUUAAUAAUAAUAUAACAUCUUUUAUUGAUUAUCUUCUAUUAAAUUCUUGUCCUCGAACAUUAGAACUUCGUUUUACGUCGAUAAUAAAUACUUGUCGUGAUUAUUUUGAUAAACUCAUUUAUCGUCUUCCACCAUCCAUUGAAAUAUUAAUAUUAAAUACAACAAGUACGAAAUUUUUAUCUGAAUUAUUAGAUAAUAAUAAUCAAUUACUUCCAAAUAUUAAACGUUUAUUAUGUUCUGUUAAAAAUCAAGAUGAUUUCGAUCUUUUAAUAUUACUUUUAUUGGAUGUAUUUCAUGACAAGUCACUCAUCUAUUUAAAUAUUUCACUGGAAAAAGCAAGUAGACAAACGAACUUUGUACCUGGUUGGUUACGUAAAACAAAUUAUUUGAAAAAAGCAAGAAUUAAAUGUUCUGAUCGACAGUGUGCUAUUUGGAUUUGGUAG